AAGGCUGAAAUUAAAAAAGAGUGAUCAGUGAGAAAGAGAAGACGAGGAGGAGGAGGAGAGGAUGCCGCCGCUGCCGCUGAGCGUCUCUGUCUGACUUCUGAAGGAGUUUGGGCUCGGACAUGACAUGAGAUGCAGCAUCCAAGUGUCUGAGUCUCAGCAUCUCUAGUUUGUUUGUGUGUGUGUGAAAGAAAGAGAGAGAGUGUGUUAAUGUGUGUGUGAAGCCAUGGCGAGCGCUCAGCCGGGGGUCCAUGCACUGAAACUCCAGCCUCCCGCCGUCUCACACACACUGAGGAACGGAAGCAACUUCAUUAAAUGGGACGAGGAUCUGUCCACCGUGACUCCAGUGACUCUGCAUGUGGAUGCUCAUGGAUUUUACCUCUACUGGACGGACCAAAACAAGGAGACAGAACUGUUGGACCUGACGCUCGUAAAAGAUGUCAGAACGGGAAGAAGCACCAAAACACCCAAGGAGGCCAAGCUGCGGGAGCUGCUCGACGUGGGGAACCUGGUUGGCCGGCUCGAGAACCGCAUGGUUACCGUGGUUACGGCUUCGGACCUCGUGAACGUCAACCAGCUCAACUUCAUCGCUUCGCAGGAGGACGAGGCGAAGGUGUGGUGUGAGGAACUGUUUUCUCUGUCUUCCAACCUGCUGAGCCACAAUCUCAACAGAGACCACAGUCUGUUGAAGGCGUACGUUAAGUUAACUCUCCAGCCCAACGCAGAGGGGAGAAUCCCUGUCAAGAACAUCGUUCGACUGUUUUCCUCGGACAGAAAGAGAGUGGAGAAUGCCCUGGAGAACUGCAGGCUGCCCUACAGUCGGGGUGACAGCAUCAAACUGGAAGACUUCACACUUGAGGUUUACAAGAGCUUUUUGGACAGUCUGUGUCCUCGUCCUGAGCUCUGCAACAUCUUCAAACAGGAAGGAGCCGAUAACGGGGCGCUGUCAGUCGACCAGAUGACAGAGUUCAUCAACAACAAGCAGAGAGACCCGAGGCUGAACGAAAUCCUCUACCCGCCUCUUCGUCCUGCGCAGACGAACGCCCUGAUGGAGAGGUACCAACACGACCAGGCACAGCUGAAGCAAGGCGUCAUCUCUCUGCAGGCAUUCUCCAGUUAUCUGUCCAGCGAUGAGAACGGCGUCAUCCCGCCAGAGAAACUGGACCAGUCUGAAGACAUGAACUUCCCCCUGUCCCACUACUUCAUCAACUCGUCACAUAAUACAUACCUGACAGCGGGCCAGCUGGCGGGGAGCUCCUCAGUUGAGAUGUACCGGCAGGUUCUUUUGGCCGGAUGCCGCUGUGUGGAAUUAGACGUGUGGAAAGGACGAACCGCAGAGGAGGAACCCGUCAUCACGCACGGCUUCACCAUGACAUCAGAGAUCUCUUUUAAGGAGGUGAUUGAAGCCAUCGCAGAGUGCGCCUUCAAGACGUCACCUUUCCCCGUCAUACUCUCCUUCGAAAACCACGUCGACUCUUUGAAGCAGCAGGCUAAAAUGGCUGAAUAUUGUCAGUCUAUUUUUGGAGAAGCUCUGUUGAUUGACCCUCUGGACAAAUACCCUCUGGAGUCCGGCGUCCCCCUGCCCAGCCCUCAGGAGCUGAUGGGCAAAAUCCUCAUCAAGAACAAGAAAUCCCACAAACCCUCAAACAACACAGACACCAAGAGACUGACGGACCAACCUGCCAAUCAGAGCAACGAUCCAGUGUCUCCUAGCAACAACACGGGAGAGCUGGAGGCUGAGAGUGAGGAAGAUGAUGAUGAUGAAGAUGAUGAUGGUAAAAAGGGCUCAGCAGAGCGUGAAGCCGUGGCUACAGAGGAGAUGUCGACUCUGGUCAACUACGUCCAGCCGACCAAGUUCAACUCCUUCGAAGCCUCCAAGAAGACAGCUCGCUGUUACCACAUGUCGUCUUUCGUGGAGACCAAAGCUUUGGAGCACCUCACAAAGUCACCAGUGGAGUUUGUGGAAUAUAAUAAAUCCCAGCUGAGUCGUAUCUAUCCGAAAGGAACCCGAGUCGACUCGUCCAACUUCAUGCCUCAGCUCUUCUGGAACGCCGGCUGUCAGCUGGUGGCUCUCAACUACCAAACUAUAGAUUUGUCCAUGCAGCUGAAUCUCUUCAUGUUCGAGUACAACGGUCGAAGCGGCUACAGACUGAAGCCGGAGUUCAUGAGACGGCCGGACAAACACUUUGACCCCUUCACAGAAAACACAGUGGACGGCAUCGUGGCCAACACUCUCUGUGUGAAGGUGAUUUCAGGCCAGUUUCUGACUGAGCGGCGGGUGGGUGUUUAUGUGGAGGUGGAGAUGUUUGGACUUCCUGCAGACACCAGAAGGAAAGCCCUGAAGACCAAAACCUCCCAGAACAACAACGCCAUCAACCCAGUGUGGGACGAAGAGCCGAUCGUCUUCAAAAAGGUGAUUCUUCCCACGCUGGCCUCGCUGAGAAUCGCUGCGUUUGAAGAAGGAGGGAAGUUCAUCGGUCAUCGGAUUAUUCCAGUCUCAGCCAUCAGACCAGGUUAUCGUUACAUUGGAUUGAGGAAUGAGAAAAACCAGUCUCUGAUUCUCCCGGCUGUGUUUGUCUACAUCGUGGUCAAAGAUUACGUCCCAGACACCUUCGCAGAUGUGAUUGAGGCUUUGUCCAACCCCAUUCGAUAUGUCAACCUCCUGGAGCAGAGGUCCAAACAGCUGGCGGCUCUGACGCUGGACGACGUGGAGGAGGAAACGCAGCCCGAGGACGAGGUGGAGACGUCUGCAGAGCGAAAGAACGACUUGAAAUCAGCUCCACUGGAGAACGGACUCAGCCCCGCCUCUGGACCUGUAGGCCACACCCCCGUCGCCACAACGCCCAAAGCCUCCGCGGCCAAUCAGCAAGCAGCUACGACAGAUGCAGCCAAACCAGCAGCAAAGACUGAAGAUCUGGUGUUAAGUGUUUUGAUAGAUGUCCCCAUGUGCACCAUCGAGAGUCUGCAGCAGUCAAAGGUUUACCAGAAGGAGCAGAGACGUCAGUUUAAAGAGCUGAAGGAGUUAGUGAGGAGGCACCAGAAGAAGACCUCCGAGCUCCUCCGAGAGUUCAACAACAAGUACAAGAAGACGGCCCGACAGUGCAGCAAGAGCAGAGCUUCGUGCUCGGACAGCGAGAAAGACGAACGCCUCCAGCAGCUGAGAGACGAGCAGCAGCAGCAGCUUCUGGCUCUGCGGCAGGAACAGUACUACAGUCAGAAGUAUCUACAGAGAGAGCACAUUAAAAUGCUGACAGAGCGACUGAGCAGUCUGGCUGAGGAGAGUCACAACGCCCAGAUGAAGAAACUCAAAGACAUCUGUGACAAAGAGAAAAAAGAGCUGAAGAGGCAGAUGGAUCGAAGGAGAACGGAGAAGAUCAACCAAGCGAAGACCAAAGAGAAACAUCUGGCCGAAGAGGAGAAGAUCGAGAUCAAUAAGUCCUACGUCAAUGAAGUCGUCCAGAACAUAAAGCGGCUUGAGGAGACUCAGGCGAAGCGCCAUGAUCAGCUGGUGGAGCAGCACAAUGAGCUCCUGCAGGAGAUACAAGACCAGAAACCAAAGCUGCAAGGGGCCGUGGAGGCCGAUUUCCAGGAGCGGUUCCAGUGUUUGCCCGGAGAGAUCGAAGACUUCCUGCAGGACAGGAAGGCAGAGGUGAGAGGUCAGAGCAAGUCCCGACCAUCGACGCCACACGAGACUCUGUCGGAGGAAGACUGAAGACCGAAGACCGAGAUACGAGGAAGUAAGAAAGACAUCCGAGGGGAAGCACUGACGAGGAUUAAUGAAGACUGUUAAUUUGUUUUUAAUGGGAGAAUGCUUUAAUGAUUUAUUUUUUGACUCAUGAUUCAAGCAUGCACUUUGCUGUCCUUCAGCCCAUUUUGUCUUUUGUUUCUGUCAUCUCUUAUUUUGACAGACAACUGAAAGCCAACAGUUUGUACUGCAUGACAACUCUAUCUAUCUAUCUAUCUAUCUAUCUAUCUAUCUAUCUAUCUAUCUAUCUAUCUAUCUAUCUAUCUAUCUAUCUAUCUAUCUAUCUACAUGGAGAGACGUUACACAGUGGUACACACAGUAUCACUGCCGGCACCUCCACCUUCAUCGUCGUUAGCGAUGCCCUUUCUUCUUAUUUGCACUCAUUCUCAGAAACUUCCCGGUCUGAUCUGCUGGAAGAAGCAGCUGGAGGUUAAUCGCUUUGCUCAAGGGCACUUCAGUGCUUCAGUGGUUGGUAAAUGAUGCUCCUCUUUCACCUCCUCCUACAACACCACCACAUCUCAUGUUCAUCUAAGUAAAGAACGUAGAAUUAGAAAUAAUGUCGCUUGCCAGGAUGACAAAUAACACACACACAGUUUUUCAAUGCAUCUAAUGUUUUUUUUGUACCUAAUUGUUCAUCUAGAAGCUGACAGUCGUCCAUAUAACAUGUAACAGGCUGUAUGUAAGUGUGUUGACACGCUUCAGAUCAGUGAAUGUACGGAGACAAAAGAGAGCCAAGAGUUUUGAGAACUGAAAAACGAAAAUUUCGAUCUUGAACUUGAAAAAUCUUGAAAAAUAAAAAUAAGCGUAAGAAGUUUCUGUGAGUUUGAUUCAAUU